AUGUCUCUUCGAGAUAAACGAGGCGGGCAGCAGAAUGAGGGGAGGCUACAGAGACGCAGCAGAACAGCAACACGACUUCUCUGUUCUCGCCUGGCCUGGCCUGAACUUGACGGGGAGUAA